CUCAUGGCGGCAAUCGGCGUCAAGCGCACGCGGAGCCACCAACCAAGCAACGACAUACCUGUUCGCACACUCAAAGACGUUGGUGUCACUAUGAUGGGACUCGACAGGAUAAUGGCAACCUAUGGUUAUGGAGGGAAGAAACAAGGAUGCACCGACGACAUACACUCAUACCAUCAACCCGCCGUUCUCUGCUCGGGCGCCGGUUCCAUAGGUAGUCUGGAGCACCAGUAUCCCUCCACUGCAACUAGUGAGGAACACUAUGGUUAUGAUUACGAGGACGACUCAGACAUAGACGAACAAGAUCUAACCGAGCGGGGACGAACCAGUACGGAUGUCCCUACGGCCCCUGCACCACUCCCCCUCCCCCCCGUCAGUUAUGCAAUCGAGAACGACACAUUAGCUGGUAAUCGGGCGCAUUUCCCCAUUGCGCCACCAGUCCCGGGGCAAUCCUUCAAUCCCUCACCGACGCGAUUCAGCUUCAUACCUUCGUUCCGCAGGUCGGUGGCUUCUGAAGCCAGCCUGGCCUGCCCUUUUCCCGGAUCGGAGUAUUUCAUCCCCCAAGCUGAAGAGUUUCAAUGGGACUUCCCAGAUCCAUUCAGUGCGCCUACGACUGAUCCCCCUUGCACUUUUGCCAUGGCGCACAGCGCUAGGAUGAAUUUCGGCGACAAUAUUGCUCCCCACAUGAAUAAUGCCAACAAGUUUUGGGAGCAGUUGCGGUUCGCAAAACUGUCUCCACCUCCACCUCCGCCUCCUUCACCCUCUCCGUUGGAUUAUGAGACCGAGAGCGUCUCUGCCAGCGAAGUUGAGACCCUCGUAGCCCGUCUCUCGCUGGGCGCGGUGGGAGGCGGUGCUCAGUUGGGUUCGUUCCAGCCGAGAAGUAUUCCUUCUAGACCCGCUUCUCCAGGAGAUGGUAACGAUACCUACGCCACAUCUUCUGACGAAGUCUGCUCUUUGGCCCUGCUCCGUGCAGACCUAGAGUACGUUAACGCGAUGCUCAGAGUGCAGGAGGCGUACGAAGCAAAGAAGGCCAUCGCAGAAGAAUUUCGUGAGAGGGAAAACUGUGCGAGAUUGGGGUCUCAAUCAAAGAGGAUCGCCGUGCUUGGUGAAGAGGUGAGAUCUACCCCCAUGUGGAGUUAGGGGAUACUAAAUAUCUUCCACAGGCCGCGUGACGAGCAGUGUGUGUUCUCUUGCUUAUGACCAUUAAUAAUAUAAUAUGAUUCUUGAAUCUCUCCUUACUGUAGCAUGAUCAGAAUUUAUUUGGAAUGUAUUUACCAGAAAAAACAUGUACUUAUCUCGGAAAAUUUACAGCGAGUGCUAAGUCCGAAAACAUGUACUUACUUCGAGUUUCACCCGCACGCGAGGGCUUGAGGACGCUAAC